AUUAACAGAAUCUUCAAUCGUAUCUCCUUUCACGUUCUUUACUGUCCAGUUUCAGUUUGUCGGGUGGACUAUUGAUUUAUUUAAAUAUGUAUGUAAAUCACAAGACAGAAUACAUUCUCAUUUAUUGAUAAAUUCUCUCUUCUUGGUAGAUAUUUCAGCUUGAUUGGAAGAAGAAAAAAGAAAUACACAGUAAUGGAAAGCUGGUUUAUCAUUUUCAUAACUCUAUGCACAUCUUUCUUGCUGAAAUCCUUGUUUAAUCUUAUGAUCUCCCGCAAUUCCAUAUCAAAGAAGAAACUCCCGCCAGGACCCUACAGUUUUCCUGUGAUUGGCAGCUUAUUAUGGCUUGGAAGAUCCAACGUAGACUUGGAACCCAUGCUCCGUGACCUCAAGGCUAAGUAUGGUCCAAUAUUCACUCUCACUAUUGGGUCUCGUCCGACCAUAUUCGUAGCUAGUCACUCUUUAGCCUACCAAGCUUUAGUCCAACAAGGCGUUGUUUUCGCUGACCGGCCAAGGGCUGUACCUAUCAGUGCAAUUGUCCAUAGUAAUCAGCGCAAUAUCAGCUUCGCCCCUUACGGCCCCAUAUGGAGGCUCCUCCGCAGAAACCUGACUUCAGAAAUACUCCACCCUUCUCGAGUCAAGUCCUAUUCCAAAGCCCGAUCUUGGGUAUUGGGUAUCCUCCUUCAACAACUUCGCGGCGCACAAGAUGAUUCCGUGAGGUUAAUUGAUCAUUUUCAGUAUGCUAUGUUCUGUCUUCUUGUCUUGAUGUGUUUCGGGGACAAACCUGAGGAAUCUCAAAUCAAACAAAUUGAAAAUAUACAGCGCAAGCUGCUCCUGGGUUUUCAACGAUUCAAUAUACUCAAUUUCUUCCCUAGAGUUGGAAAAAUAAUUUUUAAGAAUCGCUGGAAGGAACUAAUGGAACUACGACAAGAGCAGGAGAAUAUGUUGAUCCCUUUGAUUGAAGCACGGCGCAGGGCCAAAGAACAAAAGCUUGAGCACGGUGAUGAAUUUGUAGUGUCUUAUGUGGAUACGCUGUUGAAUUUGGAAUUGCCAGAGGAAAACAGGAACCUCAAUCAUGGAGAAGUGGUAACUCUCUGCAGUGAAUUCCUAAAUGCCGGAACUGAUACAACGUCCACUACCUUACAAUGGGUUAUGGCUAACUUGGUCAAAAACCCUUCCAUUCAGGAAAAACUAUAUCAAGAAAUUGCAGGUCUAGUGAGAGAAAACAAGAGCAAGUUGACAGAGGUAGUGUUGAAGGAGGAGGAUUUGCAGAAAAUGCCAUACUUGAAAGCAGUGAUAUUGGAAGGUCUUAGACGGCAUCCACCCGGUCACUUUGUACUGCCUCACACAGUGACGGAGGAAGUAGAGCUGAACGGCUACGUUGUCCCAAAGGAUGCCACCAUCAACUUCAUGGUUGCGGACAUGGCUUUAGACUCAAAUGUGUGGGAGGAUCCCUUAGAGUUUAAGCCAGAGAGGUUCUUAGUGGAAGGAUCAGAUAAGGAAGGUUUUGAUAUUACAGGAAGUAGAGAGAUCAAAAUGAUGCCGUUCGGCUCAGGGAGGAGAAUAUGUCCUGCCUAUGCGUUGGCCAUGCUUCACUUAAAAUACUUUAUGGCCAAUUUGGUUUGGCAUUUUCAAUGGAAUCCUGUGCAAGGAGAUAAUGUUGAUCUCUCGGAGAAACAUGAAUUCACCGUCGUGAUGAAGAAUCCGCUACGAGCCCGUAUCUGUCCAAGAGUUAACUCAGUUUGAAUUUGGUAAUUAGUUCUUUCUAUUUGCAUCUUCUCUCUUGCUGGACUUCCCUCCCACCGGAAGGUAGAGGGAAAAUAGUGGUUAAUGCCUUAUUGCACUAUUAGCUCAUUUUUUUUAUUCGGGGUGGGAAAGAGAAAAUGGAGAGAAGAUUACAAUGUGGUGAAUUGAAACCUCAUCAACAAGGUGACAACUAAGUAGCUUAGCUUGUUUGAAUGGUGAAUUGAUACUUCAAUAAAAUGUUUGUUUUAAUUAUUA